GUCUCACAAAAAAAAGAUGUUUUUCUUGUAUGCCUGUUGGACCGCUUGGCGUCGCUGCUCUACAGUGGAUCAAGUUUUCAUCCUAACUGGGAUCCUCUCUGCGAAAAUAAAUCUAUAUUCCUAAACCGGACUUUAUUUUCGUUUAUUGAUUUAAAGAGGAAAAAAAAUACAAUCUACUCAAUUACUACAUUCAGCAACUUUACGAUGCAUAUUCUCAUUCUAUUUUAUGCAUCAAAGAUUCAUUCUUUAAAAAGAAGCAGACAAUUUCGAAGGCAGUAGGAAUAAACAUCUCCGCUCUGUUCAAUUGGAAUUAAAGACUGGUUAAUUUGUUUACCGAGAGAGGGCGCUGCUUAUCCAGCUUUUGCGUCUCCGUGAAGUCAACUUCUCCGCAACAUUAGUUGAGGGCCGCACGCAAAAGCGGCAAAGUAAGGAAGCUCAUAACAGAAGUGAACCGCGUCUGGGCUAUUCCAGCUGCAUAAGGAAUAAAAUCCGCUAGAGGUUCCCCCUAUUCAUCCAUCUCUCUCGGUGUGUGAUCCGUUUUAUUAAUAAAACGAAUGCAUAAAAAAAAAGGAAAAACUGAUCCUCGUUCCUGACCUUAUGUAAACAAAUCAAAAGGCCACUGGAUUGAUUACAAAGGAUUCUGUGUUUGUUACUUUAUAUAAGUGAAACGGAAAAAAAAUGUUGAUAGAUAUUAUUUGUCUAUAUGACAUCGUACAACUUUAGGCUGCAGUAGAGGAUUUUUCAGAAUUUCUUCUGUAUGUAAAUUUUUCAUAAAACUUCAUUCCUUACAUGGAACAUUGAUGAUUUUGCAUCAAAAUGUGGAAAGUGAUAUUAUGGAGGUGUUUUUUAGUCAUCGCUAUAGACAUCAUAGGAAUAAAAGCAGGUCAACAGCAAUACUUUAGGGUAAAGCCUCAAAACACGGAUGUAGUGCAAGGACAGACAGUCGAACUUCAAUGUAGGAUUGGUAAUCAAGCUGGAAGCGUACAGUGGAGUAAAGAUGGAUUUGUUCUAGGUUUUGACAGAAUGAUACCAGGUUAUCCUCGUUAUAUGAUGGAGGGUAGUGGUGAAGAUGGUGUUCAUGAUCUUCGAAUUGAAAAUGCUCAACUUGAAGAUGAUGGUGAAUUCCAAUGCCAGGUAGGACCGCACGGUGAAAACAAAGCCAUUAGGGUUGAUGUCAAACUUACGGUUUUAACACCACCUUCAUCUAUUGCCAUCUCCCAACAUCCUAAUGGAAGUAUAGUAGAAAUACUCGAAGGCGUGACACUUACACUAAAAUGCAUGGUAGCUGGUGGAAAACCAGCAGCUGGGAUAAAAUGGUUUAGGAAAAAUGUAGAACUCAGACCAGAUAAUGUUUUAUAUAAUACUGAAAAAAUAGACGAACAUAAAGAAACUGCAAUUAGUACCAUAACUCUAACUCCUACGCCGGAUGACAAUGGAGCUUUAUACAGUUGUGAAGCUGUGCACAAAGCUUUAAGCUCACCAAUGGCAUCAUUCAUCGAACUAAGUGUGCUUUUUCCUCCUGGUCCUCCAGAAAUCGAAGGAUAUCAAGAAGGUGAGACAGUUAGAAUGGGAGACACAUUAACUUUAGCAUGUGUUUCACGAGGAGGCAACCCAUUGGCUAAAUUGGUUUGGUUUCGAAAUGACCAGCAAGUAGACCUCACGUAUACCACAACUGGCCGCGAAUCAACAAAUACUUUAACCUUCCCAGUUGAGUCGAAUGAUAACAACGCCAUCUACCGAUGUGAAGCAACAAACUCUAUAAGCCCUAAGCCUAUGAUUGCGAUGGUUAAACUAACUGUUCAAUUUAAUCCAAGUAAAGUGACAAUUAUUGGACCAAAAGAAGCUCAAGAGGGUGAUGCUGUGACAAUGACGUGCACAACUGACAGAAGCAAUCCGCCAGCAGAUGUGUCAUGGGUAGUUGAUGGAAGACCAGUUCAAGCAGCGAGUAGUAGUGUUGCGGAUCCUAGAGGAGGAUGGAUAACUACCUCAAAUGUCACAGUUACUAUUACUGGUCAUGAGAGAAAUAUGAAAAUGUUUUCCUGUUAUGCUGUAAAUCAAGCUCUAAGUGAAACAAUGGUGGAAACUACAGUUGUUAGUGUGCUAUAUCCUCCUGAACCUCCAACAAUUCUUGGUUACACUGAAGGAACUCCAAUAGAAACUGGUAAAUCUCAGCAAAUGGUAUGCGCAUCUAGAGGAGGUAACCCACUACCGACAUUAAGAUGGUUUCGUAAAGAUAAAGAAAUUGAAUCUUCAACUACCACAAACAAUAACGCUGUCUCAUCCGAAGUAUCAAUUACUGUUGAUGCAAAUGAUAAUGGUGUUGAAUACCGGUGUGAAGCAACAAAUUCAGCAUCUGUUCUUCCCAUGGUUGCUACAACAAGAUUAACAGUCUACUUUCCUCCUUCUGCUGUCAAUAUUAAACUGAAACCAAAGCGGCCUAAAGCUGGACAAAAAGUUACAUUGAUAUGUGAAUGUGCGAGUAGCAAUCCCCAAGCAGAAAUCACGUGGUGGAAAGAUGGGUUUAUUAUACUUGGUACUCCUGAUGGAGUAUUUGACGCUCCGAAUGGUGGGAGAUCGACAAAAAAUAUUCUACAGCUCAAUGUUUCUUCACAUGAUGACGGAGCAGUAUACACAUGCCAAGCAACAAACACUGAAUUAAAACAGAGUGCACAUGAUGCUGUUACUAUCAACGUAUUAUAUAAACCAGAGUUUGAAACGAAGUCUUCACAGCAAUACGAUGUUAUAGAAGGGGAAUCAGCUACGCUCAACGUAUCUGCUAGAGGCAAUCCGAUCAACAUCAACUACUCUUGGAGCAAAGCUAGCAGCUCAACUUCUCUAAUGCCUGCUGAUUCGAACGAUGUAGCUGUUAGUCCAGUUUUAGCUACUGGCCCUAUAUUCAACAUUUCGAACGUUCGAAGAGAUCAGGCUGGCCAGUACAGACUGGAAGCCAUAAAUGAAGAAGGAAACAGCGUUGUUACUGUUGUGCUAAAUGUAUUAUAUUCAGCAUCCAUCACCAUGGCAACUGAAAAUGCACUUGUGGAUCAGGGUUCCAAUGCAUUUCUUGAGUGUCAAGUAGAUGCAAAUCCGUUGAGUGAUGACGUCAUAGGAUGGCAAAGGCCGAAUUUUGACAUGAGCCGAACAAGGCAGAGUAUUGAAAAUGGACGAUCCUAUCUCAUCAUUAACAACGUGACCAAAGAUGAUUCUGGAGUAUUCCUUUGCGUUGCUGACAAUGGUAUUGGAAACGAAGCACGAAAAGCAUCUACUCUGAUUGUCAAACAUAAACCUGUGAUAGAACGAACUGGUGCCUAUUCUAAAGCUGCAGCUAGCGAGGGAGAAAAUGCAAAAAUCAUUUGCAGAGCAUCUGGUGCACCAAAUGUAUCUUUCACGUGGUUUCGAGAUGGUUCCGCAAUCGGUUCAUCAAAGAAACCGCCUUCGAAAUACGAAAUAAGAAGCCGACAAAUCGAUUUUGUGUCCUAUGAAUCUAUUUUGAUAGUGAAAGACAUGAAGGCACAGGAUUACGGCGACUAUAUGUGCAAGGCCAUAAAUGAGCUUGGAUUUGAGACGUUCAAGAUACCUCUUGGACAAAAAUCCGCUCCGGAUCCGCCGAUAUCUUUGAGAGCUAUCAAUGCGACGCACAAUGCCAUUGUUCUGACUUGGACUCCUGGUUUUGAUGGUGGACUGGAACAGAUGUAUCGUAUCCAAUAUCGGAAGACUGGCUCCGCUGGAGGAUACUCUGUGGUGGAUGUUGAGCCUCAGAACACGACGGUUUUCGCAGUUAGUGGCCUGGAACUAGGCACAGAAUAUGUCUUCGGCAUCAUGGCUGUCAAUAGUCUGGGCGGAAGCAGCUACCUCAAAGAUGCUGAAUCGGCUGUCACAUUGUCCGAAGCACCAAUAGGCGAAACGGAGAAAGUCAUUGACGAGGCUCUUGUGAAUAAAGGCGCUAUUCCUCGGAUCAUCAUCAUCACAGUGUCUGUGGUUGGAUCAUGUUUGCUGAUGCUGAACAUCAUCCUGGUCAUCUGUUUCGUACGGAAGCGCAGGAAGAAGAGGCUCGAAGAAGGUAGGGCAUCUGGGGAUGGAGAUCAGGAUUUGUGUCUUUUCUCAAUGGAAAGUGAUCAUUCCAGCAGCAAGGCGGCAACAAUAGAGAUGUAUGCCCCAAGCAGCUACAAUGAAGGUCUAAAUGGUGAGAGCCUUAGCUGUAAUUCAGAAAAAAGUGAUAACUAUUCCGACGGUCACAGUGCCGGAGGAUAUUCGGAAGAACAGGUUAAAUCUGAAACUACAGCCUAUAUCUCUGCGCAUGCAGAUAAUACUUAUAUAGCUGAUUCUUCCAUGCCUUAUUAUUGUCCUUAUCCAUAUCCCGAUCAAGUUAACUUGGAGGAUAGAUAUGAUAGAAGUGCACCAGUGCCAAAUAAGCUUCUAUAUGGUACUGAGGAAGAAUUUUACACAAAUGCCUUACGAAGAAAUGCUUACAAUCUUAAGUUAGGCGAUAGACCAGAUACUUACGAGAAAGCUCUAUAUCCUCCUCCACCUCCUGGUAGGACGGCGGCUAGUGGGGCAGAGGUGCACCUCCCUCCUUCAGAAGAGCGUCAUUACGUUCCUUAUCCUCCGGGUGGCACUACCUCCAAACCAUCACCUGCUCUCAGCACAUUUAACCCCCAUCUUCAAGGCUCUCCCUUGCAUUCAACACCAAACCAGUGCAAUCAUAUGUCUUCAGCAGAGGGUGUCAUUGUUCAUAGCGAGAUGGAUGGCCAUCUGGUUUGACGAAGUACCCCCGUUUAGCUUGGUAGAAUACCAAGUUUAAUAGGAUAUUGUUAAAAAAAUCAACAAUGAAUCAUCAAUUCUUGAUUCCGAUUGGUUUAUAAAUGCAUUGUCUGUUAGUGCAUUUUGGACAUAUGAAUCCUACAAUGACUGCCAUCUGUUGAAAGAACAUUUUCUCUUCUGAUUUCAUUUGAAUGUUCGUCAUAUCUAAGUAAAUUUUGUAGAUAAGCCUAUUCGAACAGAACACCUUCAGAUGCUGGUAACAUCAUUCCAUAUCGAUGUCUACUGGAUUACCUUUGGGCCAAACUGUGGCGUGGCACUCAAGUGGAUUUCACUAUUUUUGUGCUUGCUUUCUUACAUCAAUGGCACGUGUGUUGUGUGAAUUAUACUCGCUACCUCGUGCUUCAUCAAUCGCUUUAUCCAUUACAUAAAAACCCAUUUAAUUCAUCUUCUACAGUCUGUAAUAAUCGGUAAUCGAUUCAGAGGGAUGAACCAUGUGACUUCUCCCCGAUCUCUUGUACAGAUGAUAGCCCUAUCUCGUGGAUGUAUAUCCUGCCGCCGACGAGCUUUAAUUGAAAUGACUUGUGGUGCUCAAGUUUUGUAAAUCGUGCUUCAAAAAAAAAAGAACUUCUCUGUGUGCCUUAUCUUCAAGCGUUUUUAUUCCUUGGAUAUCCAUUCGAAGGACUUAUACGAGUCAGUGUGAUUGCAAACGGUGGGCUGAAAUCAGCGCUCGCAUGUGUUUGAUCAGGUCAAUUAGCAGAGAUAUAUUCUAAAGCAAGAUGAAUAAAUUAUUUAUUCUGAAUUGUGAGCAAUAAGUUGAAAAUUCAGAGAGUGAAUCUUUGUUAGAUAUUAUUGUAAGUACCAUGUUGACUAUGAAAUGAUUUCAUUUUGUUUAACAUUUGUUCUUUUGAAAAGUAAAGAAUAAAUUUGUUGAGUUUAAUGUUUCAGUUGUUUUUAAGAUUUGACUUAAAAAUUUAUUAACGCAAUUUAGGUUGCAAAUUCUGCACUUCUUCAACUAACAAAUUUAAAAUUAUUGCAAAAUUACUUAGCAAACAAUAUUGGAUAAAUAAAUAAAACGCAGUUUCAUAUAUUUUUUUGAAACUGAACAAUUUUAGAUUUUUUUUGUCGGUUUAAACUGAUUGCUGAUUUGAUUAUUGAUUGCUAAUUUACUGAUUGCUUACAGCUUUGUCUGUUUGCAAACUAGUGUUGAUAUAAAAUAUAAUGAAUGCGUUCCCGGUUUUUAUAUGAACUCUUGGAAGUCUUUUUACUUACGAUGUAAGUAUAGAGAUCACUAUUUAUUGAUCGAUAAUGUUGACUUGUUUUAUUGUUUAAAUUAUUGUUAUUUAUUUGAGUUUUACGCAUUUUAUACUAUUUUUUUCCUAAUUGUGUAUUUUUGCCUUUCAAAAACUGUACUUAUUGCCUUUAGCUACUUAAUUUUACAUUUUAUAAAGUUUGUUGCAUGUGUUUUAUAUCAACAUGCUAAAUUUCAUUUUAUUUUUACGCAUUUUGAUCUCUUUAGGAUGUAUUUUUUUAAUUAUUGACGUAGCAAAGAAAUUAAAUACUAAAGGUGAUAAAUUUUAAUCAAGUACUUGGAAAAAGAUAUACAGUAAGUGCUUUAUGUUAGUUUCAUUAUUUCAUCACGAGCUAUUUUAUAUUUAGUUCUGAUAAUGUGGAAUCUUUCAGUGUUUCUUAUUGUUUCAGUGGAUCAAAACCAAUUAACGGUUUUGUUUUGUGUUUAUUGAUAUAAUAGAUAUCUGACAAUUAUAAAAAAUACAUUUUUUUUUCAAAUUGAAACUUUUUUGAUCAUACAAAAAGUGUAAAUAUUAUUUCAAAAACUGAUUGGAAAGGUCUAUAUACAGUGUUAUUUUUAUAUUGGACUCUAAAUUAAAAUUAGUACAUAGUGUUUAUAUUUUCAUAACUUCGAUUGAGGAAUCCAUUUAAGUAGACUGAGAAGCACUGACUAAAAUUUGUUACCUUGUUUCAUUUGUAAAUAUUCAUCAAAUUGAUUUCAUUGUGUUUUUACUUUACUUUUUAGUUACUGUAUAAAUCAUAAAAAAAGGAUCAGAGAAACAUUAAUGGCAGCCUAAACUUCUGAUUACAAGUUUGAAUACUUUUAAGUUAAAUUUCGGUUGUUAAUUUUUUUAAAUGUUUAUUUUCUCUGAUGAAUAUGAAAAAAUCAAUAUCUAUAUAGCAAUGCAAUAAGCCUAGAUACAAAUUAACUGUGAUUUAAGUUUGGUUAACUAAUUCUUUGGUUGACAAACCUCGAAUUAAAAGGGAAAAAAAGUUUAUUUUGACUUUCUUUUGACCUGAUAACAAAAAGUCAUGGAUUAAGUAAAAUACUAUUCGUUUGUAUUUAAAAUAGAGCUAAGUAAAACAAAACUGCAAUUUUUGAGUGUGUUUGUAGAAUCAAAUAGGCAAAAGUAUUAUUGCAAAAUUAUCAAUAUAAAUACGUAACCCAUUAGACUUAUGUUUAGUUAGAGAUAAUAGUAAUUAGUAGGAAAGGACUAUGAAGAAUUUUAAGUUUGAUAAUCUUUUAAAUUAUUAGGAAUUUUAUUAGUUUUUUGGAGCAAAAUCUUGAAUAUUUUGAAUCGUUAAGUACAUAUGCAGCAGUCAAUAUUUCCUAAUACCCUAUAUGAAACAAAACACAUACCGUUAUUUCAUUGAAGAUAUAUUUUGUUUCAUAAAAUUAUGGUGGCCUUAAAGUUCCUAAUCCAUUUUGACUAAUUUCUGAGCUAUUAAAACACUAUAUUAUUUUAAAUUGAUUAGUUCUUAAAUGUAGUUUCCUAAUUAGUAUUGUGACAAUUAAGUAUAUACACAUUUAUGAACAAUUUAUGUAGCAUAAUAUUUUAAACUAACAAGAGCUCAAAUUAGAGCAAAGCAUUUUAACCCAUUAAGGUUUUUUAAUUAUUAUUAUUGUUGUUCGUUUCAUGUUCUAAAAAUAAACUCAAGACUUAAAUUUGGAUAGUUAACAAGGAAAAAUUAAAUUUAAAAUGUAACUAGAUAUUUGGUUUUGUAAUGGUCACUGUCCAAUUUCUGUUUCCUAAACUUUGUGCCAUAUUUUAUAACUUUAUUGAAACUACUAAUCUCUGCUUCAUAAACAAAUAGAACUCGUUUAUUGGUGCAGUUAAUGUAUUUCUGAUCCUUUUUUUUUCUUGUUGCAUUAAUUACAAUCAUUUACCAUGUCCGCUUCAUUUCUACAUCCUUGGUUUGUCUGUCAUUUCUAGUCGCAUUGUAUGUUCACCAAAGAUUGAUUGAAAUCAUGGUAGAAAAGAAACUGGUUAAAACGAAAUACUACGAAAAAAAAAACUUUAAAAUGAAGAUAUAUUAUAAUUACUAAAUAACAUAGAUCAUUUGUACUUAGUUUGGUUUUUAAUGUAUUCAAUUUUUAUAGAACAUCCAAACAGGGUUUGAGAGUCAGGAUAGAUGUGUAUCAUUUUGUUUAAUCUAAUAAUAGUUUAUUUUAAUUUUAUUGAUUAUUUAACUAGAUGACAGAAAAAAAUAUAAUAAGUCACGUUAAAAGAACUUUCGGAUAAUAUUAUGAAAGGUUUAAGGAAUGAUAAAAUAUUUUAAUUGAUCGUAAACAUUCAAUGACUUAUGUACUUAUAUUUAUAUGCAAGAGUGAUAUUAACUAUUGUUUUUAAUAAUUUAAAUAAAAUUAAACUUUUCUGAUUUUUUUAUAAUUAAAAUAUUUCUAAAAUUAUUAGACAAUAAAACUUUCUUUUCUUUAAGAAUAUUAAAAAAAUAUAUAGGUUACAAAAUUGUACCAAAAAUAUAGGUUGAAAGCCAUUGAAGUACUUUUCAAAGUAGAAAUUAAAUUAGGUUAUUUUUUUUUAAUUUUAAAUCAAUUAGUUUUGUAAUACUAAAGUAAUCAUGCAUAUUUUUAAUUUAUUGUUUUGACUUUAAGCACACAAUAAUUUUAAUAGCACAUACACACCGACUUAAUUUUUUUCCCUCCAUAAAAUUUUACAAAAGAAUUUCUAAAUUUAGUUAUAAUCAAAACAUUUUAAAACAUUUUAUCCUAAACAUAUUGUAAUAUGCAUCCAUUCAUACCCGUUGAAGAAUCCUAAAACUACAUAUUCAUUACUUUUGUUAUAGUAUGAGAAGUAAUGAAUUACAUUACUGACAGUGAUCUGUGUAAGAAGUUAUGAAUGAUAUGGAAAAUAAACUUGUAUAUAACUUUUAUAA